AUGUUCAAUUAUGAAAGUAUAUUAAUCAAUGAAGAUGUUAUAUCAGAAAUGACAAUAGAAGAUGUUAAAAAGUUGAAACCAUAUUGGAAUGUACAAAUAGCUAAUUUUAAAAAAGGUUCAAAUGAACCAGUUUUUACACUAUUGCAAAUGGCUAUUUUGUUAAAUAAAAAAAUUAUAGUGGGAUAUUUAUUGGCUAGAAGAGGUAUAGAUAUUAAUGCAUUGAGUAGAAAUAAUCAAACAGCUCUGAUGAUUGCCUGUGAAAAGAGAGUACCACUUGAUUGGAUAGAAGCAAUUUUAAAAAAAGGUGGAGAUUUAGGCAUUAAUAUAAAAGAUGAUUAUGAUGAGACAGCCUUAGAUAAAUGCAUUUUUAAUUCAAAAGCUUAUCAUUUACUUUUAAAAUAUGGAGCCAUAGAAAAUAAAAAUAUUAUGAAAAUAAAAGCCCCUUUGACUAAGACAUCGAAAUAUGCCGACAGUUUAUGGCUUAAUGUUUGUGGAUGCGGGACUAGAUAUUAUAAAUAA